ACCCUCACCACUUAUAUUAGCAAAAAAAUAAAAACAUACCAAAAAAUCCAUUUAAUUUUCCAUUGCAUGUCUAGUAAGCAAUUAAUAAUUCUCUCUCUAAAACAUUUAAUUCACACCACCUCUCUUUCUCUCUCUAUAUAUACAAUAUAUAUAGAUAUAGAUACAGAAUAUAUGAAUAAGGUAUGUGCAUAAUGAUAUCCAAAAUAUAAGCACAAUCAUUACCUUUUUAAAAAACAUUGGUUUAAAAAAUCUCAAAAGACACCUCAAUCCUCCUAAUCACUCUCCCCAAAAUUAAAAACAAAAACUCUUUACUUUCUCUCUCUAAAAACUAACUUAAAUAAAAACCCUAUCCCUUCAACUUCUCUCUCUCUCUUCCUCAUUUCUCCCUUGAUUCUCGAACCAAAAGAAACAAACCCUCGUACCAGUAAGGACUCUUCUUAUGGGGUUUUCUCCUACUUGUUAACACCACCCACCACUCUCUAGAAAAAAUUAUUAAAAGGGUAGAGAGAGAAAGUAAGGAAGAAAAAAAAAACAAAAAAAAAAACCCAGUCGCCGCCGCCAUGGAUACAUACGAGGUCACGAAAAUGGUGCUGACUAGGAUCAUGAGUUUCGAGCCGGCAAGCGCAUCUAGAAUCAUGGGUUACAUGAUGAUACAAUCGCAGGGGGACAACGAGAUGUUGAGGUUAGCUUAUUGCCCUGAGUCGAUUCUGUUAACUCGUAUCAGUGAAGCCAAAGCUUUUUUGGGGAUUGAUAAUUGUUCGAACCCUACUCUCUCUAAUUCGAUUCGACCCAACGAGCCUCCUUUUCUCCAAAGUUCGCCCAGAAUCAUGAUUCCCAGUAAUGGGUUUCAUUUGAGCAACCCUUCUUCUCCCGCGGCGGCGGCGGCCGCCGCCGGUUUUCCUAGGAGUAGUCCCAGACCUAUUUCUUACGCCGCCGUGGUCAAUGGCUCUAACGGUAGCCCCAGCAGAAACAACGGUUCCGGGUCGCCAGGUCUGCAGUUUUACGGCGGUGGACCCGGUGGUAGUAGCGACUUCACUGAUCAGUUCAUGGGCGGCGGAGGCGGCGGCGGUGGUGGUGGUGGUGGUCGGGUUCCGCAGCAACUUCAAGAUCACUUACUGUUUCUCGACGACUCGCCGAUGGUGGAUCCGAUUAUGAGUCCGAGUGGGAGGAGUGAUUCCAUGCUUUUUCCUUACCGUGAGGACGCAAACGGCCUCCCCUCCCCCCACCCCCACCCCCACCCCUUCCACAGACGAAGCUCCUCGGUGAACGACGCCGCAUUUCUCUCGAAUCUCGAAGAAGCGGCCGCCGCCGGCGGAGGAUUCGGGUGGAGGCCUUGCAUGUAUUUUGCAAAAGGGUUUUGCAAGAACGGCAGUUCCUGCAAAUUCUCCCACAGCGAAUUCGGAGACGGCGAAUCGAUCGAGAUGGGUUCACCGAAUUCGUCGAGAUUCGAAGAGUUUUUCCGAAUGAAGGCGCUUCAGCAGCAGAGGUUUGCGAUCAUGGGCCACCAUAGCUUUCCUCACAACAAGAAUGACUUUUUCCCUUCUGGUGCGAGUUCGAGCGCACGGCAAAUUUACUUGACAUUCCCCGCUGACAGUACAUUCAGGGAAGAAGAUGUUUCCAGUUAUUUUAGUACGUUUGGACCGGUGCAAGAUGUUAGGAUUCCGUACCAGCCGAAGCGGAUGUUUGGAUUUGUUACGUUUGUCUACCCCGAGACAGUGAAACACAUUUUGGCGAAAGGGAACCCUCAUUUCGUGUGCGAUUCCCGUGUGCUCGUCAAACCCUACAAGGACAAAGGAAAAGUCCCGGACAAGAAACAUCAUCAGCAUUUUGAGACGGGAGAGUAUUCGGGCAGUUUGAGCCCUUCUGGAAUUGAUUCUCGAGAAAUCUUUGAUCUCCCCGUUGGGCCUAGAAUGUUUUCGAAUUCGCAAGAGAUGAUGCAGAGGAGAAAAAUGGAACAAGAGGCGGCCGAACUACACCACGCCAUUCAGCUUCAAAGUCGAAGGAUGACGAAUUUACAGCUUAUUGACCCGAACAAUAGUCAGCAACUUAAUCAUCGAUUUAUGCUAAACUUACCCGCCGGUGUUCCAAUUUCCUCACCGAGGCAGCACCCGCAGUUACUGCUUAACCAAAACGUAGCCCCGUCUUCUGAAGCCACUAAUCAACAUGUUUUGCAAGAUGACGGCCAAGAAGCAUCGUUAUCUGUAGCCGUUGCAAAUGAUGAUCAGAAGUUGGCUCUCGAAGGAACUGAAUCGUCCAAUAACAACACUUUGAACGGCGAUAAUAAUCACCAAGAUUCGAGCGAUGAUGACUUUUAUCUCCCCGAAAGCAGUCUCGAGCAUCACCUACCGGACAAUCUAUUCUCGUCUCCUACAAAAUCAGCUGCCGAGCGUCACUCCGUUUUCUCGGCCGAAGCUGACAACGGUGGCGUACCUAUAACAAAUACAUCCUCUAACAAUUCCCCUGUGCAAUAUAGCAUUUCUCCACUCGGCAUCGAUUCUUUAUCCUACUCUACAAGGACCAGAAACCAGUAAAAAGUAGCCAUGCUGACCAUGGUUAGGAAGCAGUGAUUAGCUUAGCAUGAAAGUAUUUUUAGCAGAGAUCAUAAAAAAGAAAAAGGAAGAAAGGGCAGUAGCUAGUAGCUGUGAAUAUAGCAAAAACAAUACAAACAAAACAGCAACAGAAGAUAAAAAAAAGAUGUGUAAGGAAGAUUUUCUCAAGAUUAUCAUCAUCAUGAAUGAAUUGAAUACCAUAUUAUUAUUAUUAUUAUUAAUUAUUAAUUAUUAUAGCUAGUACAGCAAAUAUAUAUUUUAUAUUAUAUAUAUUAAUAUAGUGCAUGGGGUAAAGGACAGAUGAACUGAUUUUACAGGAGUAGGGUCUCUCUCUCUCUCUCUCUCUCUUUGUUUAUUUCUUUUUUGUACCCUCUCUUUUAGACUUUAGUUGUGUGCUGGACCACAUAGAACAAUAUACCAUCAUCAUAUUUUAUUAUAUAUAAAAACACACUAAAGGUUAGUUAGUAUUAAAA